CAAGACUGAGACUGAGACUGAGACUGAACUAAACUAAACUAACAAACAAACCAAAACCCAACUAACCACUCUCUAAGCGUCUCUUUCCACCUCUCCUCCUCCUCUCCUCCUCCUCCUCCCCAUUUAUCAAUCCCAUCUUCCAUCCCAUCAUCCACGUUCCCAGAUCUUGCUACUUGUCUCUUGCUCUUCCACUCUUUCUCCAUCCUAUUUUCUCCCCCCUUUCGACUGAUUUGAUUCUGCGCCAUUGCGCCUACUCCCUGCACUGUACGUGAUAACAUAACCCUUUUCCCUCGGGGGGUCUGACUUGUCCCUUUCUCUUCUCCCCAUCAACUAUCCAUCCAUCAACAAUCCACCAUCCCUCCUGUUUUCCCUUGAUUUUGCUGCUUCUCGUCUUUCCCUCUGCUCCCACUUGCUUCUAUCCGCUUUUUUUUUUUUCAUUUGACUCCCUACUGACCUGACUUGGAAAAAGAUGGCUGAGAUCCGUCGCAAGCUUGUCAUCGUUGGUGAUGGUGCCUGUGGUAAGACCUGUCUGUUGAUUGUCUUUUCCAAGGGUACCUUCCCUGAGGUCUAUGUCCCCACCGUUUUUGAGAACUAUGUCGCCGAUGUCGAGGUUGAUGGCAAGCACGUUGAACUCGCCCUGUGGGAUACUGCUGGUCAGGAAGACUACGAUCGUCUUCGCCCUCUUUCCUACCCUGACUCCCAUGUUAUCCUGAUCUGCUUUGCUAUCGACUCCCCCGACUCUCUCGACAACGUCCAGGAGAAGUGGAUUUCCGAGGUUCUUCACUUCUGCCAAGGCCUUCCCAUCAUUCUCGUCGGAUGCAAGAUGGAUCUUCGCAAUGACCCCAAGACCAUCGAGGAACUUACCAAGACCUCCCAGAAGCCCGUCACCUCUGAACAGGGUGAGGAGGUUCGCAAGAAGAUCGGCGCCUACAAGUACCUCGAGUGCUCCGCACGAACCAACGAGGGUGUCCGUGAGGUUUUCGAGGCGGCUACCCGUGCUGCCCUUUUGACCAAGGCCCACAAGAGCAAGAAGAAGUGCACCAUCCUGUAAACUAGUUUUCUAACCCCUUCGCGAAAAGGUCUUCUUUGCAUGCGGAGAUUAUAUGAACGGAUAAGCGUCUCGAAUCUUUGGCUGUUUAUGUUUUUAAAUUUUACAAGGGGAUGAGGGAUCUCCAUCGGAGAGUGUGCCGCCAUGUGCCUGUGAUGCGAGUGUGGAUAAUGUUCGAACGGGCACACGAGCUUUAUGGGAUUAUCUGGCUAUGCAGUUGGUCGACUUUUUCUUCUUUCGCAGACUUGUUUUUUCCCCCCUUUUUUU